GCAUGAGCCGCCGCCCCGAGUCGCAGGGAGUUGCGCGUUUGGACUUUUCUCUUAGUAACUGUGGCGCGGCAUAAUGCCAGCCCAGAAGCCCGGAAGGCCGUCUUCUUUUCCAGGAGUUUGUCCGUCAGGCAACCUACCCGAGUCCCCAGCCUUGUCCCACACAGCGAGAUCCCAAAUGUGGUGUCUUUUCAUGGUGAUAUACUUCAUGGUAUCUCUUGGAACUACUCAUGGUGUCUUUCGAAGUCGAAGGUCCAUAAACCCUGAAGCGAAUAUGAAUAUUAGCCAAAUUAUUUCCUACUGGGGCUAUCCUGACGAAAAGUAUGAUAUUGUAACUGAAGAUGGUUAUAUCCUUGGCCUUUAUAGAAUUCCUUAUGGGAAGACAAAUAAUAAUAACUCAGCUCAGAGACUUGUUGUAUAUUUGCAACAUGGUUUGCUCACGUCUGCCAGCAGUUGGAUUUCCAACCUUCCCAACAAUAGCCUGGGCUUCGUUCUGGCAGAUGCUGGUUAUGAUGUGUGGAUGGGAAACAGCAGAGGGAGUACCUGGUCCAGGAAACAUAAGUAUCUGAAAACUAAUUCCAAAGAAUUCUGGGCUUUCAGUUUUGAUGAGAUGGCUAAAUAUGACCUUCCCGCUUCUAUUGAUUUUGUUCUGAAACAAACCGGACAAGAGGAAAUAUUUUAUAUAGGCCAUUCACAGGGCACUACUAUUGCUUUCAUAGCAUUUUCCACCUUCCCAAAGAUAGCUGAAAGAAUAAAAAUAUUUUUUGCCUUAGCACCUGUUUUUUCUAUUAAACACACAAAAUGUCCUUUACUUAAAAUGGCAUACAAGUUGAAGUCAAUAAUCAAGGCUUUUUCUGGUGAUGAAGACUUCUUACCUAAAACCUCAUUUAACAAAUUUGUUGGUUCAAAGCUGUGUCCACUACCGAUUUUUAAUAAGAUUUGUGUUGGUAACUUGUUUAUGAUAUAUGGAUAUGACCAGGAGAACUUAAAUAUGAGUCGUUUGGAUGUGUAUUUUUCACAGAACCCUGCAGGAACAUCUGUUCAAAACAUGGUCCACUGGAGUCAGCUUUUAUAUUCUACGAACUUGAAAGCCUUUGACUGGGGAAGCCCUGAUCUGAACUUGGUUCAUUUUAAUCAGACAACUUCUCCAUCCUACGAUGUGACAAAUAUGGAAGUGCCAACUGCCACGUGGAACGGUGAACGUGACUUGUUGGCUGAUCCAGAAGAUGUUGAAACUUUACGUUCAGAAAUUAAAAACCACUUUUACCAUAAAACUAUUUCUUACUAUAAUCAUAUAGACUUUUUGUUUGGGAUGGAUGCCUAUGAUCAAGUUUACCGUGAAAUCAUUGAUAUUAUCCAAGUCAACCUAUAAUGGACUGUGGUACUUUGAGUUUGAGGAUCUAUAUCACUCCUAUUAAAAUUCAGUUACUUUUUUUAGUAUGUAUUUUUUCACUUAUUUAAAUAUAGUUCGUAAUUUUUUUUUGCUAUUUUCUCAUUGCCCAUUGGCCCUUCAGCCAUUAAAGCAGUGGCAUUUAUCAUCUCAGGGAUAUUGAUGGAUUAUAAAUCAUUACAACUAAGUCUUCUGAGUUUCUUCUAAAUACAGCAUUUAAACAACUAAUAUGAGAAACAAUAAUCAUAAAUGUUUCCCAUUGCAAAAAAGGACUUUUUAAGAUCAAUUUUUAUUUCAAAACAAUGUGAGCUUCAUUAAAUCAUUACAGAAAGACUUUAGAGGAAUACUUGAUGAUAGGAAAGUUCAUUUUCUUCAACACUGAAGAGAUAAAAUAUUUUCUGAGCUAUGUAAAGGAGUUUGGGGAGAAGAGAAAGAGCAUGAAUGUGAAUAUAAUACUAGGGCCUUGUGAUCACUUUAGGCCAAAUUUCAGAAGAUAGGGUAUCAUUGAAAUUACACAGAGAUCAUGCUUCACUUCCUAGAGGGUACAGCCUAUAGAAACUAAAGUUGCCUUUCAAGCCUAGUGUGUGAUUAGAGUAGCAAUGGUUGAGGUAUAUUCGCAGAUAAAUAGACCUGAAGGUAGCUUUGCCAGGUAUGCAAUGUAGGUUAGUGCAUGAAAAAUCCAGGAGCUUCCUAUACACCAGAGAACUGUGGAUAUUUUUAAGAUAGUACUGGAAGAUUGGAAGAGACCCAAAAUUUGGGAUGAAAGGAUAUUGUUGAUCAAUGCAACCUAUGUUAUAAGAAACUCAAACAUAGCAAAAAUAAUAUAAAAUUUUAAAAUGAAAAUAGAGCUAAAUAGCUGUUUCUCAAAGGAAGACACAUGAAUGAACAACAGGUAAAUUAAAAUAUGCUCAGUAUCACUAAUCUCAGUAAAAUGCAAAUCAAAACAACAAUAAGAUAUCAUCUCACUUCAGUAAGUAACUAUUUUCAAAAAGACAAGAUAAGUUUUGGUAAGGAUGUGGAGAAAAGAGACCCCUUGCACAGUGUUGAUAAGAAUAUAAAUUAAUACAGCUAUUGUGGAAAACUGUAUAGAGGUCCCUUAAAACCCUAAAAAUAGAACUACCAUAUGAUUCAACAUCCCACUACUGGAUGUAUAUUUCAACAUCUAGCUGCUUUUUUUUUUUUUUUUUUUUUUUGACAGGCAGAGGGGACAGUGAGAGACACAGACAGAGAGAAAGGUCUUCCUUUGCCGUUGGUUCACCCUCCAAUGGCCGCCGUGGCCAGCGCGCUGCAGCCAGUGCACCGCGCUGAUCCGAUUGCAGGAGCCAGGUACUUCUCCUGGUCUCCCAUGGGGUGCAGGGCCCAAGUACUUGGGCCAUCCUCCACUGCACUUCCCUGGCCACAGCAGAGAGCUGGCCUGGCAGAAGGGCAACCGGGACAGAAUCCGGCGCCCUGACCGGGACUAGAACCUGGUGUGCUGGCGCUGCAAGGCGGAGGAUUAGCCUAGUGAGCCGCGGCGCUGGCUUCAACAUCUAGCUUUCUCUCUCUCUCUCUCUCUCUCUCUCUCUAUAUAUAUAUAUGUAUAUACACACACACACACACACACACACACAUCCAUCUCCAAAGGAAAAGAAAUCCAUCUGUCAAAAAGAGAUAUCUGUAUUCAUAUAUUUAUUGCAGUACUGUUCACAAUAACCAAGAAAUGGGAACAACUUAAAUGUCUAUUUCAUAUCCACCUGUGGGGAGCAACUCGGACUAGACUGUUACUCGAAUUAAGACUUAUUCUAUGCAUCUGCUCUCCCACAAUAUGGCGCUGGGGAGAGGAGUAAACAGCUUCUACGCAGCUGCCUCUCACCAACUUGAGUGAUGACCUGCAGGAGCUGAUUCUGCUCCUGAUUGGAGGAGAGCAGCAUACUCGGCGUGUGGGUAGCAGAGUUGGGAUUGGUGGAAGAGGACUAUAAAGGAGGAGAGAGACAACAUGCACCAGAAACAUCUAAAGGGAACACCUGUGCAGCCCCCGAGAGAGCCGGCCGGCGGUGUGCCGCUCCCCCGCGGAAGUGGGGAAAGUGGCAGGGGGAACCGCCCUUCCACGGAGGUGGAAGGGACGGUAGCCAACCCGGGAAGAACCAGCAGCAAACCCGGGGAGGGCCGAGUAGACAAAAGAACAGCGCAGGGUCCUGUGUCGUUCCUCCACGAAGAGGGGGAGCGACAUCCACCCAUGAAUGGAUAAAGAAAAUGUGGUACAUAUGCACAAUGGUAUAUUGGUAGACCAUUAAAAAUGUAAUUUUGUCAUUUGCAGCAAUGUGGAAAGAACUGGAGGUCAUUAUGUUAAGUGAAAUAAGCCAAGCACAAAAAUACAAACAUAAUGCAAUCUCUUUUCAGAUGUGGAACCUAAAAAUAAAUAUUCUCAUAGGAACUAAAAAUAUAAUGGGAGUUACUAGAACCUGGGAAGAGAAGUGUGGUGAGAGAAAUGGGGAAAGUUUGAUUGACUUUUCAGGCUAUAGCUAGAUAGCAGAAAGAAAAUUCUUGGGUUCUAUAUGACAGGGACAACAAUGGAUAAUUUGCUGUACAUUUCUCUCUUUUUUUUAUUUGACAGAGUUACAGACAGUGAGAGAGAGAGAAAGAGAGAAAGGUCUUCCCUCCGUUGAUUGACUCCCCAAUGGCCACCACGGCCGGUGCUGCACCGAUCCAAAUCCAGGAGCCAGGUGCUUCUUCCUGGUCUCCCAUGCGGGUGCAGGCACCCAAGCACUUGGGCCAUCCUCCACUGCCCUCCCGGGCCACAGCAGAGAGCUGGACUGGAAAAGGAGCAAAUGGGACUAGAACCAGGUGCCCACAUGGGAUGCCGGUGCUGCAGGCGGAGGAUUAACCAAGUGAGCUAUGGCGCUGGCCCCUGUACAUUUCUCUUUAAAAAAAAAAAAAAAAAAAAAAAAAAACUAGAAGAUUGGAUUUGGGAUGUUUUCACUAUGAAGAAUUGUUAAAAGCUUUUAAGGAUAUUUGUCCUGAUUGUGUUUUUUUGUUUUUGUUUGUUUGUUUGUUUUUUGACAGGCAGAGUGGACAGUGAGAGACACAGAGAGAAAGGUCUUCCUUUGCCGUUGGUUCACCCUCCAAUGGCCGCCGUGGCCGGUGCGCUGCGGCCAACGCACCACACUUAUCUGAAGGCACCAGCCAGGUACUUCUCCUGGUCUCACACGGGGUGCAGGGCUCAAGCACUUGGGCCAUCCUCCACUGCACUCCCGGGCCACAGCAGAGAGCUGGCCUGGAAGAGGGGCAACCGGGACAGAAUCCGGCGCCCUGACCGGGACUAGAACCCAGUGUGCCUGCGCCACAAGGCAGAGGAUUAGCCUACUGAGCCGCGGGCGCCAGCCUUUGAUUGUGUUUUACACAGUGUAUACAUCAAUGAAACAUCACACAGUACCCCAUAAAUAUGAACAUUUUUAUAAAUCUGUUAAGUUUUUAACAAAAUUAAGAACUUCUAAUUAUCAAGACAAUUAAAAGCCAAGCAUAUAAAAUAGAAGAUAAUAGCUGUAACUCAAGUAAAAUAAAUGAACUUUAUAAUACGUAAAUAAUUUCUACAAAUUUGUAUAGGAAAGAGUCAACUCAGCCACUUGGGUAGCUCAACUCUGCACAAUUCUGAGAAUAUUUCUAGAACUGGUCCUUAGCAUUUACUAGUUAAUGAGCUCUGAGUCCUUGGAAUAUUCUGCUUGAUAAGAAUAGGCCUCAGAAUUGGACAAUGUAGACCACUUUAAUCAGAUAGUUUAUGCAAACAAUGUGAUUUAUAGUAAACACCUGUUUUCCUCUGGGGACUAUAGUCUGAGUAGCUGAGGUCAGUCAGCUAAGCGUACCUCUAUGAAUCACCUUCAUAAACCCCUGGACACCAAUCUUGGUGUACUUCCCAUGCUGAAAAUGCUUUGCACAUGUUUUUACACACCAUUUCUGGGAGAAUGGAGCACAUCUAAAUGAAACUUCAAUGGGAAUGUCUACCUGGAAGUUGCUUGAUUCAAGAGACAAACAAUAUAAAGUUCUGGGAAAACAAUCAACAAGAGAAAAGAAUAAUACAAAUAAAUUUAUCCACAAUAGGAAAUGGAACAGAGAUUUGAAAGAAAUUUAAAGUUGUGUCAUUUCUGCCUCUUUGUGAAUUUAAUUUUGUAUUAGCAGAUAUUAUCCAUAUCUGUAUUACUUGAAAUUAUAAAUGUCUUAGUUUAAAUGAAUAUUCUUGCUUCCCAUAACUUUAAUUUGGAUUGUUUUUAAUAUUGUUGACACUAUUUUCUGUUUUUUUUUUUCCUAAGUAUUUUCUUGGGCUUUGACUUUUAGUUUGUCACUUGCUGUGGUUUGAAUGCCCGUCGCGAAAAGUCACAGAGAAAUUGAAUCCCUCUUGAGAUAUUAAGAGGGAGACACAAGUGCAACCACGUGAGACCUUUAAGAGGCCAUGUUUGAUGAAAAAAACAUUAUUACCAAAUACAUACUUCAAUACUGUUCAUCGAAAUGUGUGUAUGAUACUUGAUUCAGUUUGUAACAAUUUAUAUACAUUGGUGACUGGAUAUAAUCCAAAAAAUUUAAAUGAGAGUUGUCUUGAUGUUGAUAUAACACAGAAUCCAGCAGGAACAUCAGUUCAAAAUCUACUACACCAUAAUCAGGGAGGAGAAAGGAAAAGGAAACCGAAGAAGGAAGAAAAGAAAAACAUGGGUUAUGGAAGACAAGGAAAGGCAGAAAGUGAUAAAAUUAAGGAUUGCUGAGAAAAGAACCAGCUGAGAAAAGGCAUCCUCCAGCAUGUAUUAAUAGAAUGGUCAAAGGACUGCAUUCUACUUGUGAAUGUGCUACUAACCAGCUAUCUGCCUUCUGGACAAAUCAUCUCAUCUAAGUCUGCACUUGAUUCACUGAAAUAGGUGGUUUAGACAUGAUGUUUCCAAAGUUAACUGUGUCCCACCCAAAACUUGAAGUUUUUAGACCAAUUUAAAUCAGGGUGGAUCUGAUAAAAUCAACUAUUAUUGAAAGGUAAGGAUAAAUGAGAGUGGAUCUAAUAAAGUCUAUUAUUGUUAAGAGUAACUAAGGAUCAGCCCUUGCCCUGACUGUUGAUGAACAACUUAAUACGUUAUCCCUCUUAGUAUUUUUUUGUUUGUUCUACUUAAUACUUUUGGUUGAAUACUGUAAUCAAUACACAGUUAUUCUCAAGUGUUGAAACUUAACUGAAAAGUGAUGGCUGUUAAAUAUAAGAGUGGGAAUAAGAGAGGGAAGAGAUGUGCAAUUUGGGACAUGCUCAAGCUGACUUACCUCAAACGGUAGAGUUAGAAACAUACCAGGGGAUUCCAAUUCAAUCCCAUCAAGGUGGCAUGUACCAAUGCCAUCUCACUAGUCCCGGUGAUCAAUUUCUGUUCACAAUUGAUCAUAAUGAUAGGACCAAGAGCCAAAGGGAGCACAUAAACAAGACUAGUGUCUGCAAAUACUAGCUGAUAGAAUAAAAAAUGGAGAGAACGAUCCAACAUGGGAAGCGAGAUACUCAGCAGACUCAUAGAAUGGUGGAUGUCCUAAACAGCACUCUGGCCUCAGAAUCAGCCCUUAAGGCAUGCGGAUCUGGCUGAAGAGCCCAUGAGAGUAUUUUAGGCAUGGAAAGCCAAAACAAUCUGGCAAAAAAAAAAAAAAAAAAAAAAAAAAAAAAAAAAAAACAAA